ACAUCAAACGCAUCUCUAUAACCCUCACUCUCAAGUUUCAACCCAAGUCUUACCUACAAGUGACGACGCCAAUUGAAUCCCGCAAUUUUCUGAUUCUUCCCUGCGUUCCUGGAUAAUGGAGGAUUUUGAUAUGCCGCCCGCGGAGAUGGAUGACUUGGAUCUGCCCGAUGACAAUCCGGUAAUGAAGGUCGGAGAGGAAAAGGAGAUCGGAAACCAAGGCUUGAAGAAGAAGCUUGUCAAAGAAGGUGCAGGCUGGGAGACUCCUGAGCCUGGCGACGAAGUGGAAGUUCAUUACACUGGGACGCUGCUCGACGGAACUAAGUUUGACUCGAGUAGAGAUAGGGGGACUCCGUUUAAGUUCACUCUUGGGCAAGGUCAAGUAAUAAAGGGAUGGGAUCAAGGUAUCAAAACAAUGAAGAAGGGUGAAUCUUGUAUCUUCACUAUUCCUCCAGAUCUUGCCUAUGGUGAGUCUGGUUCCCCCCCUACCAUUCCUCCAAAUGCAACUCUCCAGUUUGAUGUGGAAUUGCUGUCCUGGGUAAGUGUUAAGGACAUCUGCAAGGAUGGUGGAAUUUUUAAGAAGGUUCUUGCUGAGGGAGAGAAAUGGGAAAAUCCUAAGGACCCUGAUGAGGUUUCAGUCAAGUAUGAGGCCCGACUUGAAGAUGGAACAUUAGUUGCCAAAUCAGAUCUAGUGGAGUUCACUGUUGAAGAAGGCCAUUUUUGCCCUGCACUUACCAAGGCUGUUAAAACCAUGAAGAAAGGAGAGAAAGUGCAGUUAACAGUGAAGCCUCAGUAUGGGUUUGGUGAGAAGGGAAAGCCAGCCUCUGGUGAUGUAGGAGCUGUUCCCCCUAAUGCAACACUACUAAUUAAUUUGGAGCUAGUUUCAUGGAAGACUGUGACGAAUGUCACCGAUGAUAAGAAAGUAAUAAAAAAGAUCGUGAAGGAAGGGGAAGGAUAUGAACGUCCCAAUGAAGGAGCUGUUGUAAAGUUGAAAUUAAUUGGGAAGCUGCAGGAUGGCACAAUCUUUAUCAACAAAGGUCAUGAUGGAGAUAAUGAAGAUGGACUAUUUGAGUUCAAGACAGACGAGGAGCAAGUUAUUGAUGGGUUGGACAGGGCUGUGCUAACAAUGAAGAAGGGUGAAGUCGCAUUGUUGACUGUUGCACCAGAGUAUGCUUUUGGUUCAUCUGAGUCAAAGCAGGACUUAGCUGUGGUUCCUCCCAAUUCCACUGUGUCUUAUGAAAUUGAACUUGUUUCUUUUGUCAAGGAAAGAGAAUCAUGGGAUAUGAACACCCAGGAGAAAAUUGAGGCUGCAGGGAAAAAAAAGGAAGAAGGAAAUGUACUGUUCAAGGCAGGCAAAUAUGCAAGAGCUUCAAAGAGAUAUGAGAAGGGAGUUAAGUUCAUUGAAUAUGAUACUUCCUUUAGUGAGGAGGAGAAGAAGCAAUCCAAGGCCUUGAAGAUCUCUUGCAACCUAAACAAUGCAGCAUGCAAGUUGAAAUUGAAAGAUUACAAGGAGGCUGAGAAACUAUGUACUAAGGUGCUUGAACUGGAUAGUACUAAUGUUAAAGCACUCUACCGCAGAGCUCAAGCAUAUAUGCACUUGAUUGAUUUUGAUCUGGCUGAGUUUGAUAUCAAGAAAGCUCUCGAAAUUGAUCCUGACAACAGGGAGGUGAAGCUUGAAUACAAGGUUCUAAAGGAAAAGGUAAAAGAAUACAAUAAGAAGGAUGCGAAAUUCUAUGGAAACAUGUUUGCCAAGUUGAGCAAGCCGGAACCAUUCAGUUCUAAUAAAUCAGCUCCUCAGGAGGCAGAAGCCAUUGACAGCAAGGCCUAAGCUUGGCAGUUGGCAGUGCAGAAAAGCAAGUCUGUUAUUUGUAGUUUCUUUGGGUUGCUUGGUCUGUGAAACUGAGGGAUUUUCUAUGUCUACAAAUAUGGUUUACUAAAUCUUUUUCCAUCAUUAUUAUUUUGAAACUAAAUACUGACCCAGAAAUUCCUAGUAUGCUCUUCUUUUUCAUCUAAUCCAAUGUGUUCUCAAUCCAUA